CACCUCACCUCGCCCCCCUCUCCCUCCGUCACCAGGUAGCACACUAGCACAGCAUAGGCACAGCGAGCCGCCCUGCCCUGCUCGGCGUAGCCCAGAGCGAGCGGGACAGAGGGAAAGAGACAGAGCCAGCCAGGUAAAAGGCAAAAGCACAGCACAUUAAAAGAGAGGCCGCGAGCAGCGGCAGAGAGAGAGCAGAGAGAGAGGAGCAUAUAUGGCGAUGCCCUUUGCCUCCCUGGCUCCGGCAGCCGACCACCGCCCCUCCUCCCUCCUCCCGUUCUGCCGCGCCGCCCCGCUCUCCGCGGUGGGGGAGGCCGACGCGCAGCAGCACCACCACCACCAGCACCACGCUAUGAGCGGCGGGAGGUGGGCGGCGAGGCCGGCGCCCUUCACGGCGGCGCAGUACGAGGAACUGGAGCACCAGGCGCUCAUAUACAAGUACCUCGUCGCCGGCGUGCCCGUCCCGCCGGACCUCCUACUCCCCAUCCGCCGCGGAUUCGUCUACCACCAGCCUGCCCUUGGUUACGGGCCCUACUUCGGCAAGAAGGUGGAUCCGGAGCCCGGGCGGUGCCGGCGUACGGACGGCAAGAAGUGGCGGUGCGCCAAGGAGGCCGCCCCGGACUCCAAGUACUGCGAGCGCCACAUGCACCGCGGCCGCAACCGUUCAAGAAAGCCUGUGGAAGCGCAGCUCGUCGCCUCGCCGCACGCCCAGCAGCAGCCCCCGGCGGUCACGUCCGGCUUCCAGAACCAGUCACCCUACCCGGCGGUCCUCGCCGGCAACGGCGUCCGUGCAGGCGGCGGCGGAGGUGGCGUCGGGACCGGCACGUUCGGCCUGGGGUCCACCGCUCAGCUGCACAUGGACAGUGCCGCUGCUUACGCGACCGCUGCUGGUGGAGGGAGCAAAGAUCUCAGGCAUUCGGCUUAUGGGGUGAGAUCCCUGUCGGAAUAUGAGCACAGCCAGCUGAUGCCCGCCGCCAUGGACACCUCGAUGGACAACUCAUGGCGCCUGCUGCCGUCCCAGACCCCCACGUUCCAGGCCACAAGCUACCCUCUGUUCGGCACGCUGAGCGGCCUGGACGAGAGCACCAUCGCGUCGCUGCCCAAGACCCAGCGGGAGCCGCUCUCCUUCUUCGGGAGCGAUUUCGUGACGGUGAAGCAGGAGAGCCAGACGCUGCGCCCCUUCUUCGACGAGUGGCCCAAGGCGAGGGACUCGUGGCCGGAGCUGGGCGACGACAACAGCCUCGCGUCCUUCUCGGCGACCCAGCUCUCCAUCUCCAUUCCUAUGGCGACCUCCGACUUCUCCAACACCAGCUCCCGAUCGCCGAGCGGGAUACCAUCGAGAUGAGCGAUCGUGGCAUGUGGACGUCUCGGAGCUGACGACUCUUUGGUGCUGACCUCAUCGGACCGUGAUGCGUCAACAAACACGUUACUGCUACUAGUAUUAUGCUGCUCUAAAUUUUCAGACAAUAUGCUUCUGUAAUAUUUUUCUUCUCCUCCCCAAGUUACACUCUUUUACCCUGUCGGAAUUGUAUGAAGUGGAUGGUCGCCGCGGCGACGCUGUUUAUUUGACCUGUUUAA